ACACAAUGCAGGGCAGAUGAUGGAGCGACGGUGUUGUGGAUGUUUGACAGCUGUACUUUGUUAAAGAAAGAGAAUAGCCAAGGUUUUUUGUAGACAUGUGGAUUAUAACGUCUUUUUAUUUAGUUUCGGCACAUUCAGCUGUGCGUUGAUAGAAAAUUAUCUGGUUUAAUAUUUUGACAGGCAUCAGCAGUAGCUAAAUGAACCAAACUCAUACGUAUUUAUAGAUCAUGGUGGAAAACUCUCCCUCUCCUCUGCCUGAGAGGGCCAUCUAUGGCUUUGUUCUCUUCCUUGGUUCACAGUUUGGCUUCUUUCUGUAUUGCCUGUGGGCUUUCAUACCAGAGGAGUGGCUUCAUUCAAUAGGGCUCACUUACUGGCCUCAAAAAUACUGGGCUCUUGCGGCACCAAUCUAUUUCCUGGUUGCAUUAGUGAUCUUUGUGCUGUUGCUGUUUGGAGUUAACAUGUACAGCACAGCACCACUUGACUCUGUGGAUAACAUAACAGAUGUGUACACUCAAGGCCAGAGGACAGAAGGCCAUGGCAAAGGGGGAAUACCCAGGCUGAAAGAUGUUUCCAUUAGUGAAGUCAACAAAAUGUUCUACUUGUCACCCAAAUGAUAACAGAAACUGAUUUUGGCUAGAGGCAGAGGAGACGUGAAGCAGCUGGAGGAUUUGUUAUAGUGUGUUUACUCCCUGUUUUUAAAAGAAGGGUUUUGUUAUAUUUAUGUGUUAGCAGGAACAUUGCAACAUGGGGCAAAGGUCUAAUGAAUGAACUGACUUUUGGUGUUGCUGUCUAUAUUGGGCAAAACUCUGUGUGUGGCGUGUGUGUGUGUGGCGUGUGUGUGUGUGUGUGUGUGUUAACAACAGUGACAAAUGUGAUGUAACACAGUAUCACAAUUGUCAGAGCAACUUGUACAUUGGAUGAAAAAGGUACCAUAUGAUUAUUUUUCAAUAAAUUACAGACUUUUAUAUUAA